AUGUCGCUUGACUUUGAACAGGAGCACCAGGCUGCAUACUGCCAGGCGGCCUGCGAGCAGCUUGCGGAGUGUGAACAUUCGAUUAUUGACGAUGCACCAGAAUCAUGGCAAAAUACAGCACAGACUGAAAAUUGGCAGUAUGCAGGCGUGCGGACUUGUUACAAACAUGGAACUAUUAAACUGAACAAGUUGUUUUGGUACCUUGAUAUGCAACGACAAGACGAGAAAAGGCUGGAGCUGUUUGACGCUGAACAGCGUCUUUGCGCAGCAUUGGCUGAACACCAUUUCGAGUAUCAACAUUUCCGGAACAUGCUGGACAAGGCGCAUAUUCUACUGGACAAUGUUGUUCUUUCGCAGAUGGCUGUCUAUGAACCACGGACGUUUCAGAGUCUGGUUGCUCUUGCGAAGGAGAUGGCCAUCAAGGAUGGACGGCCGGUUAUACCCGAUGAUGAAUUCAAAUUCGAAGUCAGUAUUUAA